CCCAGCAAAUGGGCGAUAGAAAACCGAUCGGUGCCUGUACCAUUCCCACUAUGCGAUGGCCUGACGUAGGGGCAGAAUGAGUACGAGCAUUUUUUUUUUAUUGCCGAUGCCCACGAUGCCGCCCCUGGCAACCGCCCGUCGCCCGUAUCAAAAACCGCUACUGGUUGUAGGUACUAACUAAGGUACCUUCCUAAUGCCACUUCGCUGCAACAGAAAAUCUUUGCCUAAUGAUUUGUUUCUCCGUGAAGUUGGUUUAUGUGAAUAUCAUUUUAACUCUAACAAGAUCAGUGGAUGGAAGUUAUUGCGACUCCAUGAGCAGUCUGCUGCUCCCGAUGGUGGUGCUUCAGUGCACAUAUGUAGUAGAAGCUCUUCAGGUGAUUGGUGGAAAUGUGAAAGUGGUUCAAGGAGGUACUGCUAUCCUGCCGUGCCAUGUCACUGGUACCAAUGAUGACCUGACACAGAUUACCUGGCAGAGGAGGACAAGAGAAAAACCUCACAAUGACAAUUUCCUAACUAUCCUACCCAGAGAGGGAGUGCAGUUUGUCAAUGGAGGUGAUGAUCGAUUUAAAUAUAUUGGGAAUUUUAACAACAAAAAUGGAACUCUCCAGUUAUCCAAUGUUGCCCUGAAGGAUGAAGGCAGCUACACGUGCAUCUUCACCUUGUUUCCCAGUGGAAAUCAGAAGACUGAGAUACUUCUAAUAGUGAUUGUGCCUCCUUUCACAAACAUCAAGGACAAUCUUCCCACUUUGGGCACAGAAGAGGUUUUAUUUGCUACCUGCACGGCUGCUGGAUCGAAGCCUCCUGCAGAGGUGAGGUGGCUCACUGGUGCUUUGGGAGACAAAGUGAGGACAACAACAAACUCCACACAGUAUGACAACGAUACAACUACCACAGUCAGCUCUCUGUUUGGUGUUCCUACGAGUGAGAUUAACGGUCACCAGGUCCAGUGUGUCACCAGCAGUGACGCCAUGUCUAAAGAAGAAACCCUGCCCUUCAGCAUACAGGUCUACUUCCCUCCCACAGAAGUGAACAUUAGAGCAAUUUCUGAGAACUCAUUUGAGUGUGUGACAGAAGCCAACCCAAGCGCAAACUUUACCUGGAGCAGAUCUGCCCAGUCUUUGCUGCAGUCUGCUGUCAAAGUAGAUGGUGCAAAGCUACAACUGCUGAGUCUGACCUGUGAUCUAAAUGGCCUCUAUCAGUGUGAAGCGUCUAAUGCAUAUUGAAGUAAACAUAGUCAGCUCUAUGUGCAUGUGGCAUCAGGAACAUGCUCGGCUGCUUGGGCCUCAUUUGCUGUUUUUCUUUUCCUGAAUGUCAUUGGGGCUGCAGCCUGGUGGUUUUUCAAAUCUGGAUAUUUUCAAAGGUUUUUCCCCAUGCAUGGCGAUGAACACAGUGACCCACGAUCUCCCAGUAGUCCAGGUGAUGAUCAUGGACAAGAUCACCAAAAACUGCAGAGAGAGGACUCUGUCUGACAGCAAAAGAAGAAAAACAUCUGGACUGAGGGCUCCACUAGUCUUUCAGCUGGUAAAUGAACAGAUGAAACACAGGUGGAAGUUCCUGGUAUCCAUUCACAUGCCUACCUCUAUUUUAUUUACCUUUCUUUCUACCUUUUCUUUUUUUUCCCUUCUUUUUUUUUUUUACUGUUGCCACACAUUAAAUUUAGAGUAAUCCCCACUGAUGCCUGCUUGUUGAUGGAAAUAUAAUAAAGUAUUUUACAAAUAUAUAUCGGCUGAAAAUAUAAUUUGGACAUUAAUUAGGCCUACAAAUCAAUAUUUUCAGAUACUAUUUGCUGACCUGGGGGAUUUGUAUGAACAGCAUUAAAAUUCACUCAGACUAUCAGAUUUUGUUUUUCAUAGGCAGUCUAAAAGUUGAAAAUUUGAUUUACCUUUGACCUUUUUUGUUUUGUGUUUUUUUCUUCUGGUUCUAGUGUCCUGUUUAAGACAUUUCAAGUAAACUUAAAUGCUUUUGAAUGUAAUUUCUCAAUUUAAGACCAAAAAAAAAACAGUUGACUAAAAGAUGCUGUCUACCACUGCUGUUUUUUUGUCUGUUUGUUGUAUUAUUAUUAUUUAUUUAGCUAUUGGUUGCAUAGUUAGUUAGUUGUGUAAGUGUUAUUUGGGUUUGGUUGUGACAAAUCAUCUACAAAUUGGAAGGUUGGAGGUUCGAACCCUGGUUGCUCUAGUCUGUCUGCCAAAUCAUUCUUAGGCAAGAUACUGAUGUGUUCAUCAGAGUGUGAUUAUUAGAUAGAAAGCACUUAGAUGUUAGUUUGUUUCACAGAACAC